AGAAUUAUGUGUCGUUUUGUACAGGUUCUGACAAGAGAUUACUUAGCCUAGUGUUGACAUGUUCAUGCAUAAUUUCAAAUUUGAAUUUAGCCUUUGCAUUACAAUUAUAACAUUCCAUCAGAAGUUAUGGAAAAUAGAAGGAAAACGCAUGGGAAAGAACAUAAGAACACCAUUGCGUUCAGAAUUGGAAAAUCUAUAACAUUUGAACUAACACCCAGGGGAGUGAUGCAGAUAUGCAGGGUGACUGACUGUGGAGAUUUCCGGUGUACACAUUAGUAGGAGAUGGCGUUUUGCCCUGAACUCGCCACAGUCCUUCGCUAGCCGUAGCCAAAUAUUUGUCGAAGGUCGGCUCUUCUCCUGGCUCCAGAAGAAGAGUCUGGCGUGACGGUUUAGAGGCGUACCCAAAUGGUUCUUUACUAGUGUACGAUCAGUGGCUUAUACCUAGUCACAGCAGACCGACUACAGUAGCCACUGAGAGUCUAUAGAAACGCAUCAAUUGAACACAACCCCCCCUCCCCAACCAAAACCUGCCCCCAUUGCCAGGACCCCCUUUUUGCCCGUUAUUUUUGACCCUCCUUGGCCUCCCCCGGACAGAGUUGAAACUGAAUCCAUACGUCCACGGCAGUGCAGGAAUGACGGAGGCGUGGCAGCAGCAGCAUCCGGUAGCGCCCCCGCCCACUGUGGUGCACAACCUCCCGCCGGGCUCCGACAGCGCACUGGGUUGCGCCGUCUACGGCAUCGUCCUGCAGCAGGACGGCGCCUCCCUCCAGCAGCAGCAGCAGCAGCAGCCGCCGCAGCACGGCCAGGGGGCCCAGCAGCACCCUGUGGCCGCCCAGCAGCCCUCGUUGCAGGCGGGGGGCGAAGGAGGGCACAAGUGCGGGGCGUGCGGCCAUGACAUAUCCCACCUGGCUAACCCACACGAGCACCAGUGCAUGGGCGGCAGCGACCGGUCGUUCCAGUGUACCCAGUGCAUGAAGAUCUUCAGCCAGGCCACGGACCUGCUGGAGCACCAGUGCGUGCAGGUGGAGCAGAAGCCGUUCGUUUGCGGCGUGUGCAAGAUGGGCUUCUCCCUGCUCACCUCUCUGGCGCAGCACCACAACUCCCACAACAACGGCAACAACCCCAUGAAGUGCUCCAUCUGCGAGAAGACCUACCGCCCGGGGUCGGGCGGCAACACGCCGACCUCCUCCGCCGCCAACCCGUCCACGGGCGAGGCCUCCAGUGGCGGCGCGGCUUGUGGCGCCUCCGCACCCACGGCGUUCGAGGCGUCGGGGCCGGACAGGCCCUACAAGUGCUCUGUGUGCCACAAGAGCUUCCGGCACCUGUCUGAGCUGACGCGCCACGAGCGGGUGCACACGGGCGAGAAGCCCUACAAGUGUGACACCUGCGACAAGAGCUUCAGCCAGUCCUCCCACCUGGCCCACCACCAGCGCACGCACAGCUCCGAGCGGCCGUACAAGUGUGCCGUCUGCGAGAAGUGCUUCAAGCACCGCUCGCACCUCGUGCGGCACAUGUACGCCCACUCUGGGGAGCACCUGUUCAAGUGCAACCUGUGCGAGAUGCACUUCAAGGAGUCGUCGGAGCUCCUCCACCACCAGUGCCAGCCCACGGGGACCGCCGACCGGCCGUUCCGCUGCGGCUCCUGCGGCAAGGGCUUCAAGCGGCCGUCCGACCUGCGGCAGCACGAACGCACGCACUCCGAAGAGCGCCCGUUCCAGUGCGAGGAGUGCCAGAUGAGCUUCAAGCAGCAGUACGCCCUGGUCCGUCACCGGCGCACGCACAAGAACCCUGCCGACCGGCCGUUCAAGUGCAACCUGUGUGACAAGGGCUUCCUGCAGCCCUCCCACCUGCUCUACCACCAGCACGUCCACGGCAUGGAGAGCCUGUUCAAGUGCGCCUCCUGCCAGAAGGGCUUCAGCCAGUCCGGCGAGCUGCUCCGGCACAAAUGCACUGGCUCGGGAUCGGCGUCCGGCUCCGCGGUCACGCCGGCGCCGGAGAAACCCUACAAAUGUGACGUGUGCGGCAAAGGCUACAAGAAGAAAUCCACGCUGCAGCGCCACCAGAACUCCAGCUGCCAGGAGAAGCCGCUGAAGUGCUCCCUGUGCAACCGGCGCUUCCUGUCGUCGUCCGAGUUCGUGACCCACCGAUGCGACCCGUCCCGCGAGAAGCCGCUGAAGUGCCCCGACUGCGAGAAGCGCUUUAAGUACUCUUCGGAGCUGCAGCGCCACCGGCGCGUUCACACCGGCGAGAAGCCCUACAAGUGCUCCAGCUGCGACAAGAGCUUCAAACAGCGGGAGCACCUGGUCAAGCACCAGGUGGUGCACUCGCGGGAAGCCCAGUUCAAGUGUGUGUGGUGCGGGGAGCGCUUUGUGAACCUGGGGGCCCUCCAGGAGCACACGGUCCAGCACACCGCAGAGGGGGGCGGGUACCCGGCCGCGCCCUGCAUACAGUGAGACGGCCAUGCGGCCGCUAUGCUCCUGCAGCGUGUGAACACACACACACACACACCAUGAGGUGGAACGAUGCCCGCCAGACACACAGCAAGCUACCCCCUCCCCCUCCCUCCACCCCGGCUGCCACCUUAUACCUUAUUUGUAUAUAGUCACAAACACACGUUAUUUACAUUUGGCAAAACGCACCCAGAAACCUCCCACUUGCUUUUGCAUAAACAGUUGGUAUACCUCUGUUUACACCUAACUAUGAAGUCAUUACUGGCACCACCUUUUUAUUUUUUAUAUUUUUCAUGUACAGGGUAAUCAUGCCCAUGUUCCGCCCUUCCCCUGUGACUUCAGCCGCGGAAAAAAAAAAAAAGUUAACACCAACUGCUGAUGACCAGGAUCGACUGUGACCUUCAUGUCGGGUGCCAUUGUCUCAUGCCAGAGCGGGUCGAUUCAAAUGCCAUCGGGGUAGAUCAAAAGUAGUGGGUCCACAGAACCCGUUUCUACCUCAGCUGAAAUAAUUGAAGCUUAAACGAUCUGUUGAAUCAAUGUUGAUGUUUCUUCUUUUUGGUGAGGACGUCCCAGCAAAACAUCUUGCUGAAGAUUUUGUGUUUAACUAGCAAAGAUUUGUCCAAUUAUAGCUUGCAGAAACAUGCAGACUUACUACUGAUUUUCUUGACAUUCAUCCUAUUUUUUUUGUGUCUGGGGGUUUACAACUUCCGGCUAACUCUUUUUAACAGGCUAAGCAAGUUAUUAGUAUCAGAUAAUGGCAGUAGAGCUAGCUAUUCAUUCUAAUAUAUUUAGCAGCAAAUCAUAGUGCUACAUUGAUGAGUGAUGUCCUUCCACAGGAUUUGUGUAGGAGACGACCACAGAACUUUGUUCUGUUGCUCACAAUUGCAAACUGUUAAAUCCCUGUUGAUGUUUUUAAAUUAACAAUUGAGAUAUUCUAUUUCAGUGUGAGUCAGGGUGCAGUAAAAUAAAACAACAAGGAAUUAUGUUUCCAUUUGAAUGGCAGAAUGUACAAAGACUUAUUUGUAAUACAAUACGCAUGACCCCCGGAGAUGCUCCUGUGUACAUAUUGACACCAUCUGAUGUGAGACAAUGGUUUGAUACAGGAUGUUACGGUGUGAAAAGGCAUGGGGAAUGCAUUUUCUGUUCAUAACAUCAAAUACUUGCUUUAAAAAAUAAUGAAGCGAAAUGGGGCGGGGGGGGGG